CCUACGUACUUCAUUCAUUCGGUGGGACUUUUAUUUUGAAGUUCACAUUCCACUUCCUGCGUGUCACACACACAAGUGUCAGCCAGCAGGUGAACGCGGUCACAUAACUCUAAAGGACAGAUCCAAAGCGACACUGCUGUGUCAAACCAGCUCAACAGCCCAGCAUGUUCCGCACUAGGGAUAAAAAAACGCCAGAACCGUUCCAGGAUGUUUCGCAAGGUUUGAAGAAACUUUACCGGACUAAACUCUUUCCCCUGGAGGACAGCUACCAAUUCCACGACUUCCAUUCACCGGCGCUCGAGGAUGCGGACUUCGACAACAAACCCAUGGUUCUUUUGGUCGGUCAGUACUCGACCGGGAAAACUACCUUUAUUCGGCACCUGAUGGAGCAAGACUUCCCCGGUAUGAGGAUCGGGCCCGAGCCGACGACAGACUCUUUCAUAGCUGUGAUGCACGGUGACCAGGACGGGAUGAUACCUGGCAACGCCUUGGUUGUCGACCCCAAAAAACCCUUCCGCAAACUCAACGCAUUUGGUAACGCGUUCCUCAACAGAUUUACGUGUGCUCAGAUGUCCAACCCGGUCCUGGAGAGCAUCAGUAUCAUCGAUACCCCUGGAAUCUUGUCAGGAGAGAAACAGAGGAUAAGCAGAGGGUAUGACUUUGCAGCAGUACUGGAGUGGUUUGCGGAGCGUGUGGACCGCAUCAUCCUCCUGUUUGACGCCCACAAGCUGGACAUCUCAGACGAGUUCUCUGAGGUGAUCCGCGCCCUGAAGAACCACGAGGACAAGAUGCGCGUGGUGCUGAACAAGGCUGACCAGAUCAACACGCAGCAGCUGAUGAGGGUCUACGGUGCCCUCAUGUGGUCGCUGGGGAAGAUCAUCAACACCCCCGAGGUGGUGAGGGUGUACAUCGGGUCGUUCUGGGCCCAGCCUCUCCUGAUCCCUGACAACAGGAAGCUGUUUGAGGCUGAGGAACAGGACUUGUUCCAGGACAUCCAGGGGCUUCCCCGGAAUGCAGCGAUACGGAAACUCAAUGACCUCAUCAAGAGGGCACGGCUGGCUAAGGUCCAUGCCUACAUCAUCAGCUCUCUGAAGAAGGAGAUGCCCAGUGUGUUUGGGAAGGAGAACAAGAAGAAGGAGCUGAUCGCCAACCUGGGAGAGACGUACCUGAAGAUAGAGAGGGAACAUCAGAUCUCCCCUGGAGACUUCCCUAAACUCAAGAAGAUGCAGGAGCUCCUGGCUGGCCACGACUUCUCUAAGUUCUCUACCAUGAAGCCCAAGCUGCUAGAGGCUGUGGAGGACAUGUUGGCCAACGACAUCGCCCGCCUCAUGACCCUGGUCCGCCAGGAGGAAGCCGCCAUGCCCAGCCAGGCUGUCCACGGAGGCGCCUUCGAGGGCACCAUGUCCGGCCCCUUUGGCCACGGCUACGGAGAGGGAGCCGGGGAAGGCAUCGACGAGCUGGAGUGGGUGGUGGCCCGGGACAAACCCUCAUACGAUGAGAUUUUCUACACGCUUUCGCCGAUCAAUGGGAAAGUGUCGGGCGCGGCAGCCAAGAAGGAGAUGGUGAAGUCCAAGCUGCCCAACACGGUCCUGGGCAAGAUCUGGAAGCUGGCCGACGUGGAUAAGGAUGGUUACCUGGACGACGAGGAGUUUGCGUUGGCCAAUCACCUGAUUAAGGUGAAGCUGGAAGGGCAUGAGCUGCCGGGGAAGCUUCCGGAACACCUAGUGCCACCUUCUAAACGCCACCAGGAGAUUGAUAUGGGAGAGUGAUAUGGGACUGGGAGGAAGGGGGAAAACCACAAUCUAAUGAGCCAGGGACAGACUGGGGAGGGCUGGCUUAAGGAGGGGUUGUUUUGAUGUGUGGGGGAAAAUGUUUCUGAAGAUUAGCUGAGGGAUGGUUGGGUGGGUGGAGAGUUGGUACUUAUGAAUGGACAUUAACGGAACGAAAUGGGUUGAUUGCUGCAUGAGGGAAUGGGAUGGGGAAACUUGCUAAAUAAAUGUUUUGCAAAUAUAUCAGAUCCAAAAAAUAUACUGUCCAUAUGUUGAUCCAAAGAGACAUAAUUAACAUCCUUUUUGAAGAAAAAAACAAUUCUAAAUUAGAAUAUUUUAUCUAUAUUUUUGUAUUUCCUGUCUGUUUACUAUGAGAUGCAUUCAAAUGCUUCCAUUUUAUUAUUUUCUCAGAUGAAUUAAAAGGAAAUAUUUAUCCCAAGAA